AUGGCGUCUCCGAGCCCAGAUUCGCCCGCUUCGCCCGUUUCGCCGCGGUCCGGCAGCAACAACCAGGCCUACCCGCCUCGCACAACCGCCUCGACUCCCAACGACCGGCGCCCGGACAGCGUUGUCUCCUCCCACAUGACCGACAUCGCCAGCGAGGACGAGGCUGACGGCAACGCAUCGACGUCGGCGCCCCGGACGCAUCGCACGAGGGAAUCCGGGUCGGCGAUCCGGCCCGAGACGGCCAAGACGGGGGCCUCGUCCAAGGUAUGGGGAGGCGCCCGCAAGAGCCUGGGCGUCGGCAAGAGAGGCAGCGGCACCAGCACGACCAGCUCGGCCCUGGGUCUGUCGACGUCCAGCGUCACGUCGCGCAGCCACGUCCCGUCGCUCACGUCAAACGCCUUUUUCCACCCCAUGAGCUCGCAGAAGCUGCAGGCCCAGAGAGCCGUAGCGGCACGUCCUCUUGCGACAGCCCAGCCACCCGCCGCGCCUCAGCCACAGUUUGGCGACCUUCCAGACAACGCAACCGACGUCGACGGCAGCUUCCAGCACGUCAUGUACAGCGAAGACCAGCGGCAUCUGCCCUCGCGCGGCACCGACUUCACCGAGCACGACACGUUUGACCAAGCGACGGAGACGACGACGAGCCCUACCGGCCACUAUCCCGGUGGCAGCCUCUCGGAGAGCGUUCGACCGCUGCGCAAGGUCUCGGGCCCGGACAAGACCCCCCCGCAUCUCGACCUGAGCCGAGGGAGCAACCUGAGGGAUCUCAGGAGCUUUCCGAGCCCCAUGCUCAAGACGCCCAAGUCGUUUGGAUCGACGUUCCUCCCCGGCAAGAGUGACCGAGAUCAAGCCCAGAGUGCUGAGAAUCGAAACGCGGCCGGUGUCGAGAAGCUCGCCUCCACUGCGGCGUCGUCGCCACGUCUCAACCCCGUCGACUCCCAGGUCCGGCCCAAGACGGAGAGCACCGCCGUGCGGCAGAAAAGGCGCAGGCAUCGCAACUACGAGUACUUUGAGGGCAACACCAUGUUCCUUUUUGGAGGCCGAUGGCAAAACACCAGACAGAGGCCGAUCAACAUUGCCACGGGACUUUUUGUGGUGCUGCCUUGCGUUCUCUUCUUCGUGUUCGAGGCCCCAUUUCUGUGGCAUCACAUUUCCCCCGCCAUUCCCAUCAUCUUUGGCUACCUCGCGUACAUCUGCUUUUCCUCCUUUCUCCACGCCUCCAUUUCCGAUCCCGGGAUCCUGCCCCGAAACCUUCACCAGUUCCCUCCUCUGGCGCCGCACGAGGAUCCUCUCCGUGUCGACCCGCCUACAAACGACUGGACACUGAUCAAGUCAGCGGAGCCGACGGCUGCCGCCAUGGAGUUUCCCGUCAAGCACUGCCGGACGUGCAACAUCUGGCGGCCGCCUCGUGCCCACCACUGCCGUCUUUGCGAUAACUGCAUCGAGACGCACGAUCACCAUUGCGUGUGGCUGAAUAACUGCGUCGGCAAGCGCAACUACCGAUACUUCUUCACCUUUGUCACAUCUGCCACCAUCCUCUCCCUCUACCUGAUUGGCGUAAGCCUUGCGCAGCUCAUUGUCUACGCGAACCAACACAACAUUUCCUUUGGCAAGUCCGUCAACCACUUCCGUGUCUCUCUAGCCUUAGUCAUUCUAGGCAUCUUUUGCUUUCUCUACCCGGCUGCCCUCAUGGGGUACCACAUCUUCCUGAUGGCCCGUGGCGAAACGACGAGGGAGUUUAUGAAUUCGCACAAGUUCACCAAGAGCGAGCGAUAUCGACCCUUUGACCAGGCAAGCAUCUGGAGGAACAUUCUGGCCGUCCUCUGCAGGCCACGGACGCCAUCCUACUACCAGUUCAAGAAGAGCUACCAAAACGGCGACCAGCGAUUGGGUCUUCACCGGCACCAACGACCGGCGCCCGACUCUCGAGGUCACGAGAUGUCCACUGUAAAACCCUCUUCCCAAGGCGGCUUCCAAGGCCCCGUGGCACUCCGAGGCUCAAGUCAUGGCGAGGCUUGA